AUGAGACUUUCCGCUGUCCCGGUUUCGCUGCUCGCUAACGCUGUUGCUGCACUGCAGACUGUGCAAUACGGAGCUUUGUAUGACCCCGAGCAACCUUUCCCUUCCCGCGAAGCCAAUGGCCUCAACGUCACCUACAACCAGGUUGCCAGCAGCACGGAUGCGUUCAACGCGAUCUUGAACGGGACGUACGACAUCCUCACUGCCACCGUCGACAAUGCCUUGAAUUACAGAUUCAACCAGAACCAAAAUGUCACAGUUCUUGGGCAACUUGACCAAGGCCCAGACCUAGUGAUCGCUUCGGUUCCAUCCAUCACAAACUUAUCUCAGUUGAAGGGCAAAGACAUCAUUGUCGACUCACCUUCGAGUGGAUACUCUUUCCUGAUCCAAUAUGUCCUAGCAAAGGCUGGCUUGACAAUUGCCAACGGAGACUAUUCAUUCCCGGCCGUCGGUAGUACCAACAUUCGCUAUGCUGAUCUACUCAACGGCACCCUGCCCAAUGGCACCGCGGUGUACGCGACCCUCCUGACCUACCCAUUCACGGUCGAGAGCCAGUCCCUACCGGCGGGACAAGCACCGAACGUCCUGGCGCGUGUAUCAGAUUACAUCGCGCCAAUCACAUCUUCCGCCUUCACGGUCCGGCAGUCGUCCCUGUCCGACAAGGCCAAGUCUGCCCUCCUGGCCCGGUUCCUGGCCUCCAUGUACGCCGCCAGCAGGUUCCUGCUGAACCCCGCCAACGCGAAGUGCUCAGUGAAGGCUAUCGCCAGCCAGCUGGGCGUGAGCUUGGAGGUUGCCAGGAAGGAGUACGCGUCGGUGACGAACCCCGUGUCGGGUGAGAUCUCGCCUGGAGGCAACUUCAAGUUCAAUGAGGAGGGCCUUCUGAAUGAUGUUAUGGUCAGAUCGAGCUUUGGGGGUUUUAGCAGCGUGCCAGAUGACUUCAACUUUACUGAAGCCCUACAACCUGGACGAGGGAAGCUGGUUGAUUACUCGAUACGGGACGCUGCCGUAGCUCUAUGCCGGAGAGACAGGGAAGCUCUCACUCGCAGGUGCUGA